CCACCUCAGCCGUGAUCGCUCUGAAAGGGCUCAUUGUCUCUCUCCUUGGCUUGUUUAGCGAGCAGCUAUUUUCAAUGAGGGGUUAUUCAUGGUCCGGUUUGGAAUGAAUGUUUCCUUUGUGGAGCUGUCUGAGGGAGACGUGAAAGGGGCUUGUGUGCUCAGGGCAGCCAUUACUCACUUGAUGGGCCAUGAUAAAUUGACUUAAAAAUGUAAACAAUAAAAGCAAGUGGCAUAGCGGGAGCCAGCGCUGUCAGUGUGAGAAUAGGGGAACAUGUUGUUCGGAUCUGAGGGGAAGAGUUUGUGUUUUCCCAUUGCUGCCCCCGAGCAAUUAGAGAGGUUCCAGAGAACCUGAAGACAGAAUGGCUGCGGUCAGAGGAGUGACUAGAAAUGAGAUAAAACUCGCGGUUUGCCUUUUUGUUUCCCUGUUGAGCUGGUUCCAGUUCCAGUUUCAUGAGUGCCUGUGAUGAUGGUGCUGAUAAUUCUCCAUCUCCAGCAGUAGGGAUCCCACAGCUGCGAUUUAGCUGAUUGUCCUGGUGCGUUAGGACACAACUGGACCCUCCGUGCUUGAAUCCCAACCCCGGCUGCGCUGCUGCAGCGCCUCCGUUCCGAGGUUCCUGCUGUGCCUCACCAUGGGACAAUUUCAGUGUUGGAGUUUUAGGGCAAUGUCCAUCUUAAACUCACACUUCUCCAAAUGACCCAGAUGUUUAAUUGUCUACGUGACUGUAGGUCUAUCACUUUUAAUUUUAAACAUAUACAGAACAAGGUUUGUGUUCUAUGAAUCAGCAGCUAGCGGGAGCGCGCACUGCCUGCCUUCUGGAGGAGGCGUUCAGUAAAAAUUUCAUCAGGGGUGACCUUUUGGGAGCGUGUGUUUGUAUUCGUUCAGGUGCAUCUUGUUAUUCCAGAGCCUUCUAAGCUGCAGCAGGUGCCGAAGCUGAGCUGUAGUGGUAGUGGAAGGUCACCAGGUGCUUCCACCCUGAAACACUUUGUGGGGAAGGGAUGAAUCUUCUGCUGCUUCGAGACUCUCGCUGGGAGGUAUGGAAAAAAAGAUGUGGAGCAGCGUUUCGCUUUGAACACUUAGGGGUGAAUGUUUAAGUUGGGCAUUUUCAGAUGGAGAACUGCAGGAACUGCAGUGUUGCCAAAGCGCUGCGGGCCACUUGCACCCCCAGGGCCACCCAAAGGUGCACCAUGGUCAGGCAGAGCAGUUUGCUGUGGUUGUAUCGUCCGUCGUCAUCUCCUGAUCCCAGAGUGUUGGUAGUUGGGUCCGGCUCGUGCUACAGAGAGACUGCAGCCUGUUGUCACGGCUCGGGAGAGCAGUGGCAUUGCCUUUUGCCCUUUCGGGGAGUGGUGCAACUUGCAGCCAAAAGAUGCUGCCAAGAUGCCCGAGAGUGCCUGGAAGUUCUUUUUCUACACGUUAUCUUGGUCAUAUGGCAUCUACCUGCUUUUCUUCACCGACUACCCCUUCUUCUACGACCCACCAUCUGUCUUUUAUGACUGGAAGAAGGGCAUGGAUGUGCCCACGGACAUCGCCAUCGCCUACCUGUUGCAGUGUAGCUUCUACGGGCACUCCAUCUAUGCCACCGCCUACAUGGACACGUGGCGCAAGGACUCUGUCGUCAUGCUUCUCCACCACGUGGUCACGCUGACCCUCAUAGCCUUCUCCUACGCUUUCAGGUACCACAACGUGGGCAUCCUCGUGCUCUUCCUGCAUGACGUCAAUGACGUGCAGCUGGAAUUCACCAAGCUCAACGUCUACUUCAAGCACCGGGGGGGUGUCUAUCAUCGCCUCAACGACAUCAUCUCCAACAUCGGCUGCCUCACCUUCAGCAUCAGCUGGUUCUGGUUCCGUCUCUACUGGUUCCCCCUCAAGGUGCUCUACGCCACUUGCUACUCCAGCCUCCAGUCGGUCCCCAAUAUCCCCUUCUACUUCUUCUUCAAUGCUCUGCUCCUCAUCCUCACUCUGAUGAACAUCUACUGGUUCCUGUACAUCGUCCUGUUUGUGGCCAAGGUGCUGAUGGGGCAGAUGAAGGAGGUGAAUGACGUGCGCGAGUACGACGUGGAGGACAGCAAGAAAACCACGAUGGCCAAGAAGAAAGAGGCUGGACUCCAGCUGCCCAACGCUCUGAAAGAAGGGAUGCACCUGAAGAACGGACUUGUGAAAGACAAGCGGUUAUAAGGGCAGCGUGGCCACCGCAGCCUGGGCAGCCUGGCUGGAUCUGGGGACUGGCCCAGGACCCUAUACUCAAACCCAGCAAAUGAAAGGCACAAGGAGAACUUCAUCCCCGACACCCCUCCAUCCCCUGCCCGGAGCUGGGGAAGAGAUGCCACUGACAGGAUCAGGCCCCUCCUGGGGCUUGCCUGUGACCAGGCUUCACCUGUGCUGCCGUGUUUCUGUAGCCAGCCUGUGCUGGUUCAGUUGAGAGGCUGGUGACUUUGCUGGUCCAGGUAGGAUUUGGAGCUGGCUUUAGGUCCCCUGGUGUUUCUUCUGUCGCUCCGUCCCUUGGCUAUUCUCAGCCCCUUUGUGAUUCCUCCUCUCUUUAUGGUUGGACCCUCCCGCCGACCCUUCCUCAGCAGCCCCUGGAGGGUCCUCUGACCCAGCAUCGAACAGGGGAGGGAAGCGGCCUCUCCUCCGUUGGCAUCACUGGGUGGUCCCAGGCAAGGGGAGCCCAAAGCCAGCUCUGUAGCUGCCCAGAGGGACGAGGGAGGUGAUGCCGUGCCCCCCCUGAGCCUUCCCCCUCAGGAGGGGUCACCCAUACGGAGCUGCCCACGUACGUCUGGGGGCACAGCACAGGUCCUGUGAGCGGGUCUCCCUGGAAGCCCAGCCCUUGGAGCAUUAUUCCAGCCUCCUGUCCUGAUGGAUGAGGGCCAGGAGAUUUAAGUUGCUUAAAAAGCUGGUCCCAGUCCUGCAGGGUCUCUCUCACCCAGCAACGUCUGCGCUUGCUCAAGUAACGAAUAAAUAGUUCCUGCUCCCAGGGUUGGUUUUCCAGGCAGCACCGGCCCGGAGCCCUGCAGGGUCCUGAGGCCGCGCUGGGCUGUGUCCCGGUGCUGGGAAGCCCUGUGGAUCUCGCAGCCCCCCCAGACCAAGCCUGCCCCAUUGCUUCCCUCUGGCAGGGCUGGGACCCGCAGCUCCUGGGUCCUCCCUGGGAAGCGGAGCUCCCUCCCGGCUGAGGCAGCAGGUGGUGGCGGGGGGGAUUCAGGGCAUUAAUUCCAGGCAUCAGAUGGUGGUUAAUUGUUCUUUUUUUCUUGUUUGGUCUGUUGAAUUGAUUCAAUGUGAGCCGUGGGGAAAGUUCCUUGGUAAGCAGAAAGGAAAACGUGACUUGGGGCUGAUGGAAGCUGUCCCAAGCGGUGGCAGGCAUUGUCACCUCGCUUGUCAUCGCCUGGCAUCUCGGUGCUUUAGUUCCUUGGCUUUCAAGCGGGGUUUGCAGGAAAGAGAAAAUGAAGGGAACUGAUAUCCCAGGCUUCUUGCUGCUUGGUCGUGGCAGUCGGGGUAGUGACGGCACCGAUCUGGGGGGACAGCAGCACCCGGGCAGUACGUGUGUGUGUAAACUGAGUCUUUGCGGUACUGGCUUGCCCAGCUUCAGCAUUUGGUGGUAACUCGUUGGCCAGUGUCACGUGCGUGUCUAACAUCAGUGGCGCUGCCUGCAGCUGCGAGGGCUAGAAAGGGGCUGUGGGACAGGGGGGCCCCUCUGCCUGGCUGGGGCAGGGACCCCGUGCCCAGGGGGGUGCUGGUGGCUUUUUGUCCUGGCCCUGGGGCUGUGUGGCUGGUGGGCAGGGCAGUGUGUGCGGCGGGGAGCUGAAGGGUCGGAUGAUUUGGUGUGCUGGAAGUUGAUGGCCUUGAGAGAAGUGUUGGAUGCGGCGAUGGAAUUUUGAAAAAAGAAAUAAAGUUGAUGUGGGAGGAGGGAGAAAGGAGAGACCCAGAUCUGUGUCUCCCCCUGGGUCCAGGUGGGAUGUCUGUGGUGGAUGGGAGCAGGGCUGGACUUGCUGGUACUUUUGCGUGGGGAAGAGUGGCUUCUUCCCUGCCACCAAGGACUUUGUCGUUGGCCCUCGAUGGUGUGGAGAUACGGGAGAGGUUGUGGGAGCUCUGAGGGAGGAGGGCAGCUGCCCUCCUGCCGCGCAGCCUCAAGGGUUAACAGGUCCGG